AUGGCUCUAUCGACUAGUUUUUCCGCUACGUCACCGGCCGUGGUCUUCUCUUCCCCGAACUCUAAAACACUUAACCCUAAAUCUUCUUGUUAUUACCAUCUUCCCAUGAGGAAAUUAAAGAAGAUAAACCCUAAUCUGAACAAACUCCGGGCUGUUCCAGUCAAGGCCGUCUACUCUGCCCCUGAGUCUUGGCCGUCGGCUGCCAGUUCUCGGGAGGGUAUUUGGUCCAUUAGGGAAGAUUUGCAAGUUCCAUCAUCGCCCUACUUCCCUGCCUAUGCUCAGGGAGCACAAGGUCCACCACCCAUGGUGGCAGAGCGGUUCCAGAGUGUUAUUAGUCAGCUCUUCCAAUAUAGAAUCAUUCGCUGUGGUGGGGCGGUAGAUGAUGAUAUGGCCAACAUUAUUGUUGCUCAACUCCUUUAUCUUGAUGCUGUCGAUCCUGAAAAGGAUAUUGUCAUGUAUGUUAAUUCUCCUGGAGGAUCUGUCACUGCUGGUAUGGCAAUUUUUGAUACGAUGAGGCAUAUUCGGCCUGAUGUUUCCACUGUAUGUGUUGGACUAGCCGCAAGUAUGGGAGCUUUUCUGCUGAGUGCUGGCACUAAAGGAAAACGAUAUAGCCUUCCAAAUUCAAGGAUAAUGAUCCAUCAACCUCUUGGUGGAGCUCAAGGUGGUCAGACUGACAUCGAUAUUCAGGCUAAUGAAAUGUUGCAUCACAAGGCCAAUUUGAAUGGAUACUUGGCAUACCACACUGGUCAGAGCCUGGAGAAGAUUAACCAAGACACGGACCGCGAUUUCUUCAUGAGCGCCAAAGAAGCGAAGGAAUACGGGUUAAUAGAUGGCGUUAUCAUGAAUCCCUUGAAAGCUCUCCAGCCAUUGGCAGCUACUGCGGAUCAAUGA